AUGGCUUUUCUACGCUUGGCGAGCCUCUUGGCUUUCCUCCUGCUACGAAUUUUGGCUGAUGACUCGAACGCUACCAGCAUCGCAACGGAAGUGACCACAGAGGCUGGAUCAGAUAACGCCACCGAAUUCACGACGAUACAAACGACGACGAUUCCGAGCUGUUCGGUCAAUGAGACGUACAAAGAGUGCGGGGAAUGCGAGAAUAGCUGCAAUAUGUCGACGGCGGUAUGCUCAAAUGCCUGUGGCCCACCGAAAUGCGAGUGUCUUGAUGGGUUCUAUCGGAAUGAGACCGGAAGUUGUGUGCAGGGACAUGAUUGUGGUGAAGUAGACCUUAACAUCAGCCCACUGCAACAAAUCAGCGGCACCGAAGGAGGUCUAUGCGAUGAUGGCACCGGAUGUACCGAGGGCUACACCUGUAUGCAAGUGGAAAAUUGCCCAGCAGCCAUUUGCACAGAUUACACCACGAGUUGCAUCAUUCCGAACUGUACGCUACAAUCGACUUGUAUAGCUGAUGCCUCUUGCCAAUGCACGACCGGUUUCUACCGUAACUUUACCGGCUUCUGCGUACAGGGCCACGACUGUGGCGUCGUGCUCGAAGUGACGGAACUACCAAGCACCGACAGCAUUCUAACCGGUUGCGAACUCGUCCGCUGCCAACCGGGAAGCACUUGUCGAAACAUUGAGGGAACGGCAACUUGCGUAAACGUGACGAUAGAUGCUUGCCCGAUGAACGAGGAAUGGAAGGAUUGUGCGAGUCAAUGUGAACCUACUUGCGAUACGCCAAAGCCGGUUUGCCCGGCCCUAUGUGCCACUUCCGCUUGCCAGUGCCAAGAGGGAUUCUAUCGAAAUGACAAUGGGACUUGUGUCGUUUUGGUUGACUGCUUCUCGACACCGAUUACUUGCUCUACAAAUGAAGAAGCCAUGCUUUACAGUACGUGCGAACCGAGCUGCGAGACCCCAGAUCUGCAAUGUGCCCUCCCGGAAACGAUGAGCCUAAAUUUGACUUGUCUCUGCAAAGCCGGAUUUGUUCGGAAUAGCCUGGGAAAUUGCGUGAAUACGACGAGUUGUAAUGCCACCAUCCCAUCCGACUGCACAACGGUUACUUGCCCCCUUGAUAAGUAUUGUGACGUGGUGGAUGGGUCUGCAAAAUGUAUUGAAGGGACGGCUCCUACUACGAUGUCUACCGUUACCCAAUUCACUACCACAGGCUCCCAGGUUACGGGUGGCAAUAACACCGUUACGGUAUCGGUGGCUACCACUACCACCACGGCGAACAGCUGUGGUAAAAAUGAGAGAUCUACAAAAUGUGUACAUGGAUGUGAGCCGAUGUGUAGUGGAAGACAAUAUUGCCCCACCAACUCGACGGUUUGCACACCAGGCUGCCUGUGUGCUUAUGGCUACAAACGGGGCCCAAAAUUGACGUGUGUCCAGACCAGCAAGUGCCAUAAAAACCCUGGAUGCCAAGCCAAUGAAGCGUGGAUCGAUUGUAUGGAUGACGACCCAAAAUGUAGCGGUGUUACGCCGGCUCCCCAUUUUGGCACUGUCUGCUCUGGUGGAUGCGGAUGUGUCACCGGAUACCAACGCAACGCGGCUGGAGACUGUGUUUUGGCAGCAAAUUGC